UCUUACAGUACUGCAAGACACCGCAGCCUUAUUUUCAUUUUCAUAAUAAGCAGCCCUUUGUCCGGCUGGUAUAUAGCUGAAACCUAGGUAGUUCACAUCUCGUUUUGCUUUGGAUUUAUUUAGAAGUGUUGUCUAGAACUUGAUCAAUUUAACAUCCUAUUCACCAGCUCAUCUUUGACAACCCGGCAUAGAUACCCCUCGCGCGUUCAAUUAUCCCAUGAACCCAUCACUGCACUUAUAAAUUCGCUCUAAUCAUAAUUAUUACCCAAAUUCUACCUCCAUCCAUGUAUCCUAAACCAUCCACUACGACUGAUCAAAAUGCGUGGUCGAAAACAAAAGGCCUCUCGAAACGCGGCUUCGACAAAGCAUGGAACGCUCUCGACAAGCUUGGUGCCCCCGUGAACAAACUCAGCAACAAGCUCGGCUCAGAAGCAUUCUGGCCCAUGACCAUCGACAAAGAGGCUGAAAAGGCAGCCCGUAUUCUCCGCAGCUUCUGCAAAGAUGGCAUAUAUCUCGAUAAAGAGAGACCGAACGAUCCCCGUGCGACGGAGAAACAGAUCAACGAACCGCGCGGAAAACAGAAAGUGCUACAGAAGAUUCCGACAGAGGUGAUUCGACAGGCGAAGGGACUUGCUAUUUUCACAACUAUGCGCACGGGUCUGUGGUUCAGUGGUGCAGGAGGCAGCGGCGUGCUCGUGGCUAGGAUUCCAGAGACUGGCGAGUGGAGUGCGCCUUCGGGGAUCUUGCUUCAUACGGCUGGUCUGGGGUUUCUGGCUGGUAUUGAUAUUUACGACUGUGUCGUGGUCAUUAAUACCUAUGAGGCGUUGCAGGCCUUUACAAAGAUCCGAUGCACUCUUGGUGGAGAAGUCAGUGCUGCCUUGGGACCCGUGGGUAUGGGAGGGAUCCUAGAAUCAGAAGUGCAUAAACGACAGGCGCCUAUAUGGACAUACUUGAAAAGUAGAGGGUUCUACGCUGGUGUGCAGGUGGAUGGGACGGUUGUGGUUGAGCGUACAGAUGAGAAUGAACGGUUUUAUGGGCGGAAGAUUCCGGCGCAGGAGAUCCUCACGGGGAGGGCGUGGAAUGAUCAAUUCGAGUCGUUGAAGAUGUUGAGGAAUACGAUUAAGGCGGCGGAGGGCGAUCACAGUGCGGAUGUGGCUGUCUCCAAUCAAUUUGCCCAGACAGUGGUUCACAGGUAGGGGAUGGAUGAGAGCUGAAAUUCUAGCAGAUACCUACAUAGGUAAUGUGAGCGCAUACAGUAGCAAAUGGGAACAUGAUUUUGAGAC